UGCAGUGAAGAUGGUAGGGCGCUUGGUUUCCAAAGAGAAGCUAUGAAUACCGCAACUGACGUUCUCUGUGCCUGGUGCUAACCGCCGUGGAUACCUGUUGAGUUGAGUCUAACCGCCGCGUACACUGGGAAGAGGGUAUGUUCUCAAUGGAUUUCUACCUUCCUGCGAUUAAUUCUCGCAGUUAUCGUUGUUGCGGUCGCUCCAGCUGUGUCUCGGUUUUUUCUGUUGGCGCUGCUCCUUCUCCGCCUCUGAGGCUGUUUGGCUGUGAGUGCAGAAGCGUGUGGGCUUUUUCUUUGGUUUUUGUGUGCGUUACCAAGGAAGCAGCCCACCGAGCUGCGCUGCCCGCGGGAAAAUCAAGAUUGUUAAGCGUAGGGGGAAGCUUCUGUGCGUAGCGGUGCGGUUCAUAUUGAAGUGUCUACAGCGAUGUUCAAACAUUCAGGUAUCGAAUUACAAGUAUUGAGAGUCGGUUCUUCUUGUAGACUAACUGCUCUGGUGGA